AUGACUCCGGUGGCUGGGGGCCGGGCAGUGGCGGAGACGCUGAGUCCCGUGCGAGCCGAGCCCUGGCUUCCGCGGCAGCCCCGGGCCGCGCCCCCGCCGCCGGCUCCGCCUCCUACCCGGAGAGUCUCCGCCUGGUUCCGAGGCAGGCCCGGCCUGACCUUCGAAGAGCCCUGCGCAGCCUACUCGCUGCUGGGGCCAGGCCCGGCGCCCCCGCCCAGCGCCGCUCCCCGGCUGGAGCCCUCGGGCCCCGGCUGCGGUCAACCACCCUCCGCCCUGGAGCCGCCGCGCCCGAUACUGUCCCCGGUGUCCGAGGGCUCCAACUGGGCUGAGAAGCUCGACUCACUGCUGCAGGUCACCGACGGCAAUGUGGCCCGGAUCAAGCAGCGUCUCUGCCCCCUUGGCGUCUCCUCACCGGGCAAUUGGAAUCUGGCCACCUCUGCUCCCAAGGUUCCGGGCCCCGUCGUUCUGCUGGGAAAGGACCUGGUUCAUUUGCUCCAGUCUUGGUUUCGUCUCUUGCCUUCUGCAGCCAGCCUGGCUCCUUCUGGGUCCAGGAUGCCCCGUUCUAAUCCCGAAGGGGAGCUGCCUCAUCAGGUCUGGACCCUGGAGCCCCCCACUGAGGGGCAGGGCUGGGAUGACGCCUGCUUCACCUUGUCGAUGUGGGAUGAAAUUACCACUCUUCGGAGCCAGCUCCGGACCCAGGCUCAGGUGACAGUGCUGAUGAGUCAGGCCGUACAGGGCCUGAUGGAAGACAGGGAGCGUCAGAGAUGUCAGAUUGAUGAUCUGGAAGAGGAGCUGGGCCGACUGAGAGGGGCUCCUGAUGGGCGAGCAAGUUUGGAGCAACAAGUGGAAGACCUGAACUCAGAGCUGCAGAACCUGCGUCGGCAAGUGCAGGCCCGUCCCGGUCCCGGGGAAGCUAGUGUGACUGCCCUCUUGCGCCAGGAGCUGCAGAAUGAUCGCCACCUGCUGUGGGAGGAGUAUGAGACCGUUCGAGGGGAGCUGAAACUUCUUCGGGACCAGCUGGGCCAACAGCAGGAGUUGCUGCUGAGACAGAUGGCCGAGGCCAGGCAGGCUCAGGCGCGGAGCUGGAAGAUGCUGGAGCAGGUACAGAGUGAUCAGGAAGGCCACCGCCGGGUGGUGGACGCUGCCAGGCUGGAGGCCCAGGAUGUUCGGCGGGAGAUCGAUCUUGUCAGGGCCAUGGUGUGUUCUUUGCAGGCUCAGAUUCGAGGGGAUCCCCCACCCCGGCCAGACUCUGCUAUCUCUAGCUCUGACCUGAGCCUCCCAGACAGUGACAGCAGCUGGGAUGUACCUUCUCGGGAGACAGCCAUGCCAGCAGACCUCCAGAGCCACACUGAGUCCAGCACGGAAUCCAGCACAGAGCCCAGCACCUCCAUGCCUCCUGUGAAGAGCCCCCAGAUAUCUGACUGGUCAAGCAAAGCCCCCAAGUUGCUCCUUAGUGACCUCUGAAGGGGCUGGCUAGCACUCCAAGCCUUGGCUUGCUGAAGAACAAAGGAAAGGCCUCUGGGCACCGUGAAGCAGCUCAUUUCCAGCAGCCACUCCUUCCCCAGGGGCCUUGAGUGGCUCUCUCUCCCCCCAGAUUUCUUGAGGGGCUGCUGGCCCCAAAUCCCUGCACUCUGCUCACUGGCUCCCCUCUGUUCCUCUUCGUUCCCUCAUUCUCCCUUUCCCUUGUCCCCAAA